UCCAAUGGACUGUUUAUAAUGAUUCGCGUGAUUAUUACAUUAAUAAGUUUGUAUACAUGCCUCUUUUACUUGAAGAAGAAAUUUGUUUUAGGGUUGACUGAGGACCAAAAGUAUACAGUAACACUCAUACCUUCAGAGGCCAUGCUUAACGAAGGGGAAAGCUUGAAGGCUCGAUGUAGCAUACCUGGUCUUUCUGCUAUGGACAUAAUUCUGAAAAAUCUUAAAAUCCGGUGGUACCACAACGAAAAGUUAUUGCCAACACAUUUUUGCCAAUUCAAGAACCCCGAGACCAUGAACAAAAAGUAUGAUUGUAAUAUCGUCCACCAACAGCAAAACAACAUUAGCUUUGAGUUUACCAUAAAAGAUGUUCUGAAAAAGGACUCUGGUAAUCUCACCUGUGAAGUAUUGAAACAAGAGAAGCAGCAUGGUAAACUGAUAGGGGAAAAACUCAUUGCAAAAGAAGUCGUGGUAAUCAAAGUUAGAGAGCCCAUUACUACAAUGUACUUCAAUUUUGACCAAUCGUUAAAUGAAACCUUAACACUUGAUAACAAUGCUACCCCACAUCGCAUUGAAGUUGAUGCAGGAAUGUAUAGUCCAAAUUGUGAGGUAAAGGGCAGUACUCCUCAGGCAGAAGUGAUUAUCAUGUUGGGAGACGACACAAUAAAAGGAAAAACAAUUAAUAUGCCAGAAGAAAGGGGAAUGAAAUUCAUUGCAGAUAAGAUGGAAUUUAAAGGUAACACAGAAUCGUCAUUAACGUGCAGAUCCAGCGUAUCCGGUCUUCUAGGGGAAGUGGAAAGAACAUUUUAUAUUGUUGUUCAUGCAAAUUGCAGUCACUGUCAAGAUAGAAAAAAUUGCAGCAACGGAAACGAAAGUUGUCUUGAACCUUGUGAGGAGGGCAGGGAUGGUCAUUUUUGUGGAAGAGAUGCAAAAUUAUCAAAAUUAUCCUUGGUCGUCAUAUCCGCCAUUUCAACCGUUCUGGUAGUAUUUCUCAUCAUUGCAAUAAUCAUUAUCGUAUACAACAGAAAAAGGACUCGCCAACAGAAUACUAGAGAGCCUAUCACUAUUGACGCACUGUCCAACAAGGAUACCCAACAGAAGUACGAAGCGUUAGCAGUAAAGAAAGAGGAGAACACAUACACCUCCCUUGGGGGUCUAGGGGAGGAAACAGGUCGGAGAGUAGAAAACCAGUGCACAUCCACUGGAGGCAGAAGGAAGAAAUCAGGACGGAGGGAGAGACAACGGGACACCUCCAUUGGCAUCAUGAGGGAAGAAUCAGGACGGAAGGUGGAAAACCAAUACACCUCCAUUGGGGCCAGGAGAGCGAAUGGAUCAGGCCGGGGAGAGAAGAACCAAUACACCUCCAUUGGGGGCAGGGAGAACGAAUCAGAACGGAUAUGGGAAAACCAAUAUACCUACAUUGAGGGCAGGAGGGAGGAAUCGGUACGCAGAGAGGAGAAGCAAUACACCUUCAUUGGGGGAAGAAGGAAGGAAACAGGACACAGAGGGAAGAACCAGUACACACAUCAAUUAGCGGCGGCGAGCACGACUUACCAGGAAAAACACACUUAUGAAAACGCUGAGUUUAUUUGAUUCUUGUGAUCCUGAAAAGAUUAAAAGUUCACGUUCUUUUUUAUGAUAUCAAUUUCAACCGAUACGAGAACUAUUGUUUUUUUUUUGUUAGAUUUAAGUUAUAUAACAAAUAUCUUUCCAUACACAUAUCUUCUUCAACUAUGUCAUUUCAAAUUGUAGCACCUAAAAGUUCUGUAAUGUCAUGGUCUUAUAAAAUUCAUAUAAUAUUGCUAA